CAGGAUAAUUGGAUAAUUAGUGGUGGUUUUUUGUCUGGCCGAAAAAAUAUAACUGGAUGAGUGUUGUAUGGCAGGCUCACUGAUUCCCUCGGCUCAGCCUGCUCUAUAAUUAUUAAAGCUGAUAUGACAUUUGCCAUGAAAUAGGCAGGCCAAAGUCAUGUGUUUGCGUCUGUUAUAAGGUGAGAGUUUGAGUAUCAACUUUGGACCCCAAGCAAUUAACAAUAUGGAUGCUUUCUCUUCGUCCUUCCCGAUCUCCGCUUUUCCCACCCAAAAUCUCUCACCCUCUUCUCGUCCUCCUCCUUCUACUAGUCAUUAUAAUUAUGCUCCCAUCUUCAAUGCAACCUCAACCUCAACCUCAACCUCGGUUAGAACAACUGAAGAAAAACCCACCGGCAACACCACCACCACCACCACAACCACCCAAAAAAAUUCCAAUCAUCCACAAUCCGAGCAGCAGCGGCGGCGGCGGCCAGUUUUAUCAAAGAAAUCACCAAUACCGCCUACAAGUAGAACAAAUAUCAAUACUCCCUCGAUAUUUUCAGUGUCCCCGCCGUCACUAUCCGCGGUAAUCUUGAAUGCUUUUGACGACGUUGUCAACAAUUUCAUAGACCCUCCUCUACGACCUUCGGUCGACCCAAGACACGUUCUCUCCAGUAACUUCGCUCCAAUUCACGACGAGCUUCCACCAACGGAGUGUGAGGUUAUCCAAGGAUCUCUACCCUCAUGCCUGGAUGGUGCCUACAUUCGCAACGGUCCCAACCCUCAGUUUCUCCCCCGGGGCCCUUACCAUCUCUUCGACGGCGACGGCAUGCUUCACGCCAUCCGCAUCUCCAAAGGAAAAGCCACCCUCUGCAGCCGCUUCGUCAAGACAUAUAAAUACUGUAUGGAGAGGGACGCUGGCUUUCCGCUCCUUCCCAAUGUCUUCUCCGGCUUCAACGGCCUCACUGCCUCCGCCACUCGCGGUGCUCUCUCGGCUGCCCGCAUUUUCACGGGUCAGUACAACCCAACCAACGGCAUUGGGCUGGCCAACACCAGCCUGGCUUUGUUCGGGAACCGUCUCUAUGCUCUGGGGGAGUCCGACCUCCCUUAUUCCGUGCGCUUGACAUCCAACGGAGACAUCCAAACUCUUGGCCGCCAGGGUUUCGACGGCAAGCUCUUCAUGAGCAUGACGGCCCACCCCAAGGUAGAUCCCGACACUGGCGAAGCCUUUGCAUUCCGAUACGGACCCAUGCCUCCAUUUCUCACGUAUUUCCGCUUCGAUGCCGAUGGGAACAAACUCCCUGACGUUCCCAUAUUCUCCAUGCUCCGCCCAUCUUUCCUCCACGACUUCGCAAUCACCAAAAAGUACGCCAUCUUCGCGGACAUCCAAAUAGGCAUGAAUCCGAUGGAAAUGAUCGCCGGAGGAUCUCCCGUGGGAACCGACCCAUCCAAAGUUCCCAGGCUCGGAAUCAUCCCUCGCUAUGCAAAAGAUGAGUCGGAGAUUAGGUGGUUCGAUGUGCCGGGAUUCAACAUCAUACAUGCAAUCAAUGCGUGGGAUGAAGACGACGGCGACGCCGUGGUGAUGGUGGCACCCAACAUUCUGUCCGUAGAGCACACCUUGGAAAGAAUGGAGCUGGUCCAUGCCUUGGUAGAGAAAGUGAGGAUCGAUCUCAAGACCGGGAUCGUUUCGAGAUGUCCAAUCUCGGCAAGCAAUUUGGACUUUGCCGUCAUAAACCAGUCCUACGUGGGAAAGAAGAACAAGUACGUGUACGCAGCAGUCGGCGAUCCGAUGCCCAAGAUAUCGGGUGUGGUAAAGCUGGACGUGUCGAGAGGGGAUCGGCAGCGGGUUGACUGCACCGUUGCCAGGAGGAUGUAUGGGCAGGGGUGCUACGGAGGCGAGCCUUUUUUUGUGCCCAGAGACCGUCAUCACGAGGAGGAGGAGGAUGAUGGCUUCCUGGUGUCCUUUGUUCACGAUGAGAGAUCAGGAGAAUCCAACUUCUUAGUCAUGGACGCCAAGUCUCCUAAACUUGACAUUGUGGCCACCGUCAAGCUCCCCCGCCGCGUGCCUUACGGCUUUCAUGGACUCUUUGUCAGCGAAAGGGACCUUGAAUCGAUAAGCUAAGCCGUGAUAUUUAACUGCCAAGCCUCUGCUUUGAGUAAUUGUGUCCCUGUCCAUAAUUAAAUGCCACAUCCCAUCAAAUGAAUAAAGUAUUAUUAUUAUUAUUAUUA